AAGAAUUCGUAACAUCGCGAAGAUCCUAAUACCUCAGCCAAAAGCGUUAUUAUUAUCGCCAAAUGUGGCAAGCCAACUCGAAAAACACACCUGACUCGCCCCAAGCAAAACUAGUUCACGAAGUUCUAUCCUUGCGCGGGAUACCUCUAAGCUUUCGGUCCAGAUAUUCCAAAGUUGGAUCAUCUAUAAUUAUUACGCCAAGUAAAGCAUCAAUGUAAACAAAAGGAAGAGGAAAACUUGCCUGCAUUUUACUAUUGUGCAAUAAAAAAUUUUACGCGCAAUGAGUGUUGAAAUUAUAAUUUUAAAUUAAAAGGAUACAUCCAUGUCAAGUAAACAAGGCGAAAACACAUUUCUUUUCUUCGGAAUGUAAACAAACAAAAUAUUUCAGAAACCAGUUGUCAGUCAUGCGAGUCUCUCAUGAAAAAGAAUGAAGGUGCAAUGUUAGCACUAGCACACUGUGAUAACAUUUGGUGCUGCUCACCAAAUUUUCACAUUUUUGAACUUUGCUUUCUGGAUAAUGUCAAAGAAGAUGUAAUAAGUGUAAAGAUACGACUACCUCAUGAAAGGACACAAAUUAAAUUUGAUGAAAAACUGCAAUGUCAGUGACAAAUUCCAGUAUUUUAUAAAAAUAUGUGUACAUGUGUGCACGAUGCACACAUGUUCCACUGCUAUUUGAUCUUUAAUAUAGUGUUCAUCACCAAAGAAACGUUAUUUAUGAGAAUAUAUAGUCAUACCAAGCUUCCUAAUUAUGUGUUGUCGUCUGCAGUAAAUAUGAAACUUGACCAAAAAUUAUUUAUUCUUUCAACAUUUGUUGUUCUUUAUCUCAAUUUUGGAGUUGGAAAACCGACGAAAUCACCUAAAUCACACAGGAAAAAAGCUUCCAAAGGAAAAAUUUGCAUAGGAACCAAUGGGCGUAUGUCUGUACCAAGCAAUCGUGUACAUCAUUAUCAAAACUUGCGUGAUCGUUAUACAAAUUGUACGUAUGUAGAUGGUAAUUUAGAGCUUACAUGGAUCAAAGAUGAAAAUUUAGAUCUGAGUUUUUUGGAAGAAAUUCGCGAAGUAACGGGAUAUGUGUUAAUUUCCCACGUCGAUGUCAAACGCAUUGUUCUAUCUAAACUGAUGAUAAUCCGUGGACGGAAUUUGUUUAAAUUGAAUGUGAGAAAUGAGACUUUUAGUUUAAUGGUGACUUUAAACAAAAUGGAGAAUUUGGAGUUGCCAAGCCUCCGAGAUAUUUUAUCUGGAAGUGUAGGUUUUUAUAAUAACUACAAUUUAUGCCACAUUCGAACAAUAAAAUGGGAUGAAAUAUUGAACUCUGCCAAACCAGUUUAUGUCUACAAUUUCACUCAGCCAGAAAGGGAAUGUCCACCUUGCCAUCCAAGUUGUGAAGCUGGUUGUUGGGGGGAGGGACCUGAGAAUUGCCAGAAUUUUUCAAAAAUCAAUUGCUCCCCACAGUGCCAUCAAGGUAGAUGCUUUGGUCCAAAUCCACGUGAAUGUUGCCAUUUAUUCUGUGCAGGAGGUUGCACGGGACCUACGCAAGCAGAUUGUUUGGCAUGUAAAAACUUCUACGAUGCUGGUAUUUGCAAACAAGAAUGUCCCCCAAUGAUGCGGUAUAAUCCCUCAACAUACCAAUGGGAGAAUAAUCCGAAUGGAAAGUAUGCUUAUGGUGCAACCUGUGUAAAAAGCUGUCCAGAUCAUUUAUUAAGAGAUAGUGGUGCCUGUGUUCGAACUUGUCCAUCUAACAAAAAAGCUGAAAAUCAAGAAUGUGUUGCCUGUGAUGGACCUUGUCCGAAGAAUUGUCAUGGUGUAGAUGUUGUUCAUGCCAAUAAUAUUGACUCAUUUAGAGGUUGCACUAUAAUAGAAGGUUCAAUAACUAUUCUGGAUACUUCUUUUCAAGGAUAUCAAGAAGUUUAUACAAACUUUACCUUCGGCCCUCUUCAUGGUCCUAUGCACCCUCGAAGACUUGAAGUUUUUAGAACCUUGAAGCAAGUAACUGGCUAUGUUAGCAUACAAGCUUCGCAUCCUGAUUUUAAAAACUUGUCAUUUUUUGAAAACUUACAAAUGAUUGGAGGAAGACAGCUAACAGAAUACUUUGCUGCCCUGUAUAUUGUAAAAACGUCAUUGGUUUCCUUAAACAUGAGGUCUUUAAAGAAAAUCAGUUCAGGUAGUGUUGCCAUAUUGGAAAAUGAGAAUCUCUGCUUUGCUGACAACCUCAACUGGCAAAGAGUUAUGAAAUCACAGUCUCACAGUAUUCUUCUUCAAAGCAAUGGAAAUAAAACGAUGUGUGAAGAGAAAAACUUGAAGUGCCACUUACAGUGUUCAACUGAUGGUUGUUGGGGUUCAGGUGCAAAUGAAUGCUUAUCAUGUAAAUCUUAUAAACUAGAUGACACUUGCAUCGAAAGAUGUGAUGUUAUGGAAGGUAUUUACAAUGCUGGAAUGAACUUAUGCAAGCGUUGUCAUCAAGAGUGUUUAGGACAAUGUUUUGGUCCUGGAAAUGGUAACUGUUCUGCAUGUCGUCAUGUCCGUGAUGGCCCUUAUUGUGUUAACAAAUGUCCUAAGGCAAAGUACAAUGACAGUGGUGAAUGCAAACCUUGUCACUCCAACUGUGUUGAUGGAUGCUUUGGGCCUGAAAACAACAUUGGUGCAAAUGGUUGCAAGAGUUGUGAAAAAGCUAUAGUUCAUGCAUUUGAUCCCAAUAUUGUUGAACAAUGUUUAAAAGGAGAUGAACCAUGCCCAGAGUCAUACUAUCUCGAGUAUAUUGGCCACCAAGAAGAAGGAUCAUUAAAAUCACUCACAGGAAAAUCGGUGUGUCGUAAAUGUCAUCACCAGUGCAAAAAUUGCACUGCUUAUGGUAUACAUUACUCGAUAUGUAAGUGUUUGCAUUACAUAUCUGGCGAGGGAUGUGAAGAUAGUUGUCCACGUGAUCAUUAUCCUGAUGAAGAAAAUAAUAUUUGUGUUAAAUGUGCAGAAGAAUGCCGUGGGUGUAGAGGUCCUACAACAAUGGAUUGUCUGGGAUGUCGUAACUUCCGCAUUUAUGAUUCAAUGAAUUCUUCAAUGUUUAAUUGUACAGCAUCUUGUCCUUCUGAUAAGCCUUUCAAAGUAUUUGAUGACAAUGUAGCGGAUCCACAUUGUUCGGAUGAAGGUGCAAAUGCUGUUGCAUUGCAUGGGCUAGAUGAUGACAAUAUAACUGCAAUUAUUGGUGGAGUGAUGGGAUGUUUUGUUGUGAUUGGAAUAUUUUCAGCCAUCUUCGGCUAUCAGUGUUUGCAGAGAGCAAAAACAAAAGAAAAUACUGUGAAAAUGACAAUGCGUAUGAGUGGCUUUGAAGAUAAUGAACCACUGAAGCCAACAAACGUCAAACCCAAUUUGGCUAAAUUACGUAUUGUCAAAGAAGCAGAAUUAAGGAAAGGUGGCAUUUUGGGAUAUGGAGCAUUUGGUACAGUAUAUAAGGGUGUUUGGGUUCCUGAAAAUGAAAAUGUUAAGAUACCAGUUGCAAUCAAAGUUCUUAGAGAUGAACGAGGAGAAAAAAGCACAAAUAAAGAUUUUCUAGAGGAAGCAUAUAUAAUGGCAAGUGUUGAUCAUCCAAAUCUAUUGAAGUUACUUGCUGUUUGCAUGGCUUCUCAGUCCAUGUUAGUAACACAAUUAAUGCCUCUUGGUUGCCUAUUGGAUUAUGUUCGCAACAACAAAGACAAGAUUGGUUCCAAGCCCCUUUUGAAUUGGUGUGCACAGAUAGCUAGGGGAAUGGAUUAUUUAGAGCAGCAACGAAUGGUUCACCGAGAUUUAGCUUUACGAAAUGUUUUAUUGCAAACUCCAGGAUGCAUUAAAAUAACUGAUUUUGGUUUGGCCAAACUGCUAGAUAUAAAUGAAGAAGAAUAUAAGGCUCAUGGUGGAAAGAUGCCAAUCAAAUGGUUAGCUUUGGAAUGCAUACAACACAGAGUAUUCACCCAUAAAAGUGACAUAUGGGCAUUUGGUGUGACAGUUUGGGAACUUCUGACUUAUGGUGGCAGACCAUAUGAAAAUAUACCAGCUAGGGAUGUUCCUGGACUUCUAGAAAAGGGAGAACGAUUGCCCCAGCCGUCUAUCUGUACUAUUGAUGUUUAUAUGAUCAUGAUUAAAUGUUGGAUGUUAGAUGCUGAGUCCCGACCAUCGUUUAAGGAACUAGCAGAUGAGUUUGCAAAAAUGGCAAGGGACCCUGGAAGAUAUCUUGUAAUCAUUGGAGACAAAUUGAUGCGUUUGCCUAGUUACACCCCUCAGGAUGAAAAAGAAUUAAUUCGAAAUCUGAGUAUGCCAAUUGAAGGUCCUGAGGUGAUAAUGGAUGCUGAAGAGUAUCUGCAGCCUGCCAAACUGGAACAAACCAGCACAGAUUCUCCUCCUCCACCUACACCAAUUAAGAAAUUCAUGGAUGAUAGGGGAUUUGACGGAGACUCUAUGAACAAUUCACCCAAUCAUUCUGAUCAUAACCAUGGUGAGCUGAAGGUUAAUAACCAUGAAAACAACACUGGAUUGAACAAUGGUUGCCAUAACAGAGAUACCAGCUUGAGCACUCGAUACUGUUCAGAUCCGCUCACAUCUUUAGAAAGAGGGGAUCGAGAUGUGUUUUUUCCAUCCAAUGGUUUACCUCAUCUUAAUGCAAAAGACGUUCAACUUGACUUGCCCGUCGAUAAUGAAGAUUAUUUAGUUCCUUCCCCGUGUUCAUGUAACUCUGCUGGUUACAUGGAUCUUGUUGGAGAUGCCAAAAUAAGUUCCCCAGCGCCACCGUACGCUGGAAAUUUUGCACCACCUAGAAACAUACCCCAUCAAGCAGUCGACAACCUCGAGUAUCACCUAAUGAAUAAACAUAACUCCAUUUCCUCAUCUACAGAGACUGCUAUUGCAAAUCAAAGAAAACCAACUAGUAGUGAUGAUGAUACAGAUGAGCAUGAAUAUUACAAUGACUUUGACGGGCUGCAAAGAGAAUUGCAACCCCUGAACAAUCAUAGGAGUGAAAGAAAUGAAACAACAGUGUGAAAAUUGCAAAAAACUGAGGCGAGCACACUCAUUAAUCAUUCCCAUUUCAGCUGUAUAAUUCCAGUGCAUUCAAAAUAUCAAUCUGUACAAAGAAUUAAUUAGAAGAUAUCACUGAAUAUAAUUUUAAGGCAGGCUACUUAAAAUUAAGAGGACUUGUGUACAAAAAGUUGUACAUUCUUUGAAACCCAUUAUGAUGAAAACCGGUAUUAACAUCUAGCAUUAUUUAAAGUUUUAUUUUUUCAUAUUGUCAUUGAAUAAAAAUUGCCUUUUUUUCAUAUCAUACUUUAAAAGUUUCAGCUUUAAUGUUGAAACAAAUCCUACAUAUAUACUAUCUGUGAUAUGUUCCUUCUACAUCUCUCCAUGUUAAAUAAUGUCAUUAUACUUCAAAUGUGCAUUGUGAAGAGUAACUUUGUUAGAAUUUUAUAUUGUACAUAAGUCUUUUGGUGUAUAAAUAUCGUUGUUUGAUUUUAUGAUAUUCCUAAUAUCUUUUAACUAUCUUGCUUUGUAAAUACAUAUUAACAUUUGUAUUUUUUUUGGAUGAGUAACAUUAAUACUUAGAACAAAGUUUUUAUUUGCUAUUUUUACAAUUUCAUUAGAGUCUAAUAGGAAAAUAUGUCCGUAAAAUUUUUAUUUAUGGGAUCAAUUUUUUAAAUGAAUAAAUAGUUUAAUGUUUUUGAAAUGUGAACCAUAAAUAAAAAUCUUUAGCUUAUCAAUUGUAUUGUAACAUUUAACCAUUUAGUGCAAUAUUGAAAUCAUUCCAUUUUCUGUUUAAUAAUGUUUCAUUUAUCUUACUACUAUAUCAGGAAUUAAUCUUGAUAAUAGCUGGAAUAUACAAGUGGAAGAUUACUUACAAUUAUUUAAAAAUAAUAAAGAAAUCUACAAAAUCAAAUAUAUCCUUAAAUAAUAUUUAAGCAAAUUACACAUUUAAAACAAAAUAGAAUAUCCUAUAGAUUUUUGUUAUUCUUUUUUAAUAAUUUAAAUUUUAUCCAAAAGUUAAAGAGAAAUUCCUUUUUCUAAACUCGCCAUUUAACAAAAAUUGUCAAAAUUAGGUAAUUUUAUUUAAAAAAAAAAAAACUUAUAAUAUUUUUUUCAGCUUAUUAAAAGCACUGUAUAAAUUACUGUUUUCAAACUCAUUAAACACUGUUUAAACCAAUAUGUUUUGUAAAGUAUUUUAUUUGCAAAGUUUUCUAUUAAAAUUUUUUUUUAUUUAUUAACGAAAUAAACACUAAUUAUGAAUAAAUUUUUAAAUUUAAUUAAUCUUUUUAAAAUACAAAAUGCAGUUUUAUUAGCAUAUUUUAAACUGUUAAUAACAUGUAACUAAAUGAGAUAAGUUGAAUCUUUUAUUUUAUGAAGGAUAACUUUUUUAAAUUGUCCUGAUUGUUAUUACAAAUUUUAGGAUGCGUAUGUACAAUCAAGCAUAUAUGCAAAUAUAUCAAUAUUUUAAAAUAUUGUGUUUUAUUACAAAAAGUUGUUUUAAUAUUUGUGCAUCUCUCUUUGUAUGUUUGAUUUGAAAGACUGCUGAUAACGAAUAUAUUUUACUAGAAAAUCACUGCCAUUUUUUACUUGAAGAAAGUGAUUUUAAUCAUUAACAGCAGCUUGAAGUUGAUGUGCCAAUCAAUGUACAUUUUUUAUAAAGAAACUUUUAAUGCGAUUGCUUAAAAAUUGAUUAAUUAAUUUCAUUAGAGUAUAUUGUCAAACAUUUGAAGCAAUAUUGCUACCUAGAAAAGUUCUUUAUGUUUAAAUUUGAAUUAUUUUUUUCUUGCAUUCUAUUAAAAAUAACAUGUUAUAUUACUAAUUAAAGCAUCUUUGAUUUCUAUUUUCUUAUGUUACAUUUACUUUUUUGUAAAUAAUCAUGCCAGUUUGAAUGUAAAUACUUGUGUUUUUGAACUGAAAUAAAAAAUAUUUUACCACAAA